CGUUAACUUCCCGUCUUUCUGACGUCUUCGUCAGUAGUGAGGAAAUAUGCAGUUGUCCCACGAUGCGACAAGAAGAGAAGAGUUGCCACCGAAGUACAAGUACAGGUGGGUAUUCGUAGAGUUCCGUAGAGGCUCGCUUUUCCUGUUACGUCUCCUUCCUUCUACCGGUAAGGCGCGGCAUCAAUAGGAUGAUGAAGUCCCAUCUGAGAAAGCACCAACAGCUGGAUCAAAAUUCUUCCUUUUCAAUCUACGGCUUGCUUCUUUGAACACAAUUGAAUUGCCAAAUCCAGACAACAUAUUGAACACACAGACUUGGUCACAAAGUUAAGAGACAAGGAUCAAAAACAUACCAUCCUAAGUAGAAAAACUUCACUUGAGAAAAGUAUUCUUCACCAUGACGAACACUGCAAGAAUAACAUCCAGUCGGCGACGUCCACGAAAUUCAGCGACUAAGAAAACGGAUUGCCUUCGACUCCCAUCGCUUGUGCUUCUUCUCUUGUCAAUCUCCCAAUUUGAACUUUCUAGCUCGUUCGGGUUGAACAACCCUUCCACACGGGGUCCGGGGUUCAAAACAGUAUCAUCGUCGACAGCAGCGAGGAAAGGAAGUACGUCGUCAUCGCUGUUACGGAGAGGUUCUCUCGAACGCACACGGUCUUGCAGCAGCAACAUCAUCAAGAGCAGCCCAUCUGCUCUCAACGUGUGGUGGUUUGGGGGCGAUCAAAACGAACCGCAGAACGACGACGAAUCGUGUGAGUUGGUGGCCGUUCGUAUCGAACGACCGACCUCGAACUCAAGAAAGAUUGCGGGCGAGCUCUCUAUUCCCGGUGUGACAGUGGAAGAUGCAUGGUCCAUUCUGACUGACUACAACCGACUUUCUAUUCACGUGCCAAACCUAAAAGAAUCACGCAUUGUACGAGAAUACCCGAGCAUUGCAUUUUCUGGAGGACAGAGUGAACCGGGAGACGGCUCGUACAAAUGUCAGCUCUACCAGGUUGGCGCACAAAAGAUCAUUGGCUUCGACUUCUCGGCAUCGGUUACAAUGGACAUGACGGAGGAAUUUCUAUCUGCGUCGACCUCAAAUGCUCGCAAGAUUUUCUUUAAGUGUGCGGACAGCCAGUUCUUCUCGACGUUCGACGGAGCAUGGACGGUCCAGGAACAACGUAACUCCGUUACAGGAGAAAAAGAGGUACUUUGCUCCUACGACGUUUUGGUCAAGCCAAAAGGUCCAGUCCCGGUUGCAGCUCUAGAGUGGAGAAUUCGAGAAGACGUGCCUACAAAUCUUCGGGCAGUGAAGGCUGCAACCAUGGCCAAGGUCGGUGUCUCCUCGUCGACGGAACUGGCCACCGUCGGUGCAGCCCCUGAAGCGAAUGGCACAAAGUCGAGAGGACAAAACGGGUCAAGCCGGCUGCAGAAUGCUUCUAACGGCGUUCCAACUAUGCGGAUGGGGGCCCGACGCCAACGCCAACUUGCUGCCGUCAUGGUAGACUGGGAACGCGGUGAAACCAUGGCGAAGUAUUUGGAGUAGAAUACACCACAUGCUUCUCA